CGGCGUCGCCAUAGAGACACAGACGCGUCCGAAGGAAGAUCCUGAUGAGGGGAGAGAUCGGCGGAACCGGCAACAUGUCCGGCCCGGUCCGGAGCAGGGCACACCCGCCGGGGGCCAGCGUGCCUAAAAUGGUUUCACAGGUGAAGAAAAUCAUCAGUAUGUCCAGUUUCGUCAACCAGAGCAGGAUCAACCGCAGCAUGAUGGGGAGCAGGAGAAGUAUAAGUAUUCACGCCGACAGCAGAGUCAUGGAUAAGAACUUGGCGCUCGCUGGGAAACAAUCCAUACCGGUUUUCGAUGAGGAGGGCAAUGAUGUCACUCCUCGGUCACUAUUCCAAGCAGAGCCUGGCACCACAGCCACCAAGCAAAGCAAACUGUUUACCACGCCAGAUGCUUCUGGUAUAACCGCAUCAGAUAUCUUCUCCACCAUGUCCCUCCAGCAGACGGGAUUUAUCUCCAGUUUCGUCGGACCAUUUUCAAGGUCAACUUUUGCGGGCAGCGGUAUGGGUAUGUCUAUGACCAGUCAGGAUCCGGAAUCAUUAUCGGAAUAUGCAGAAGAACAAGCACCCGGACGUGACAGGGGACCCAGCGUGACUGCUUCUUACACGAGGAAGGAAGAGAUCAAAGAACAGCCAAAGGAAGAGGAAGAUUUGGAUAAGACGGUCAAUGUGCACCUAACGGAGACCGAGACAAUAUGGCUGCUAGACAUGCCUGUGGCUGUGAUCGCCGCUGAUUCUGAGGAAGCUGAGAUAGUCAAGGUACGGAACCAAUCCUACACAGAACUCUGCAAAAGCAGAGCGGGCAACGAUCGCUAUGCAGAGAGAAGCAUGCAAACGUUUAACGAGGCACCGAAGAGUAAAGAGGUUCAGUGUCAGAGCGUUAUCCACCAAGACGCAAGUGUCAUGGCAUCAGUAUGGGACCUGUAUGAUUCAUUUCUUGCACUGGACCAACCACAGGUGGAAGCUGUGGUGAAGAAAGUCAGCCGGUCAGAGAGUGUGGCCAGCAACAAAUCCAGCAUGAGCCAAAGAAAUGUAUCUGUGAUGUCUAUGGAUGGGAUGGAUAUGAGUACCGUCACAGAUUUGGACAGGCUUUCUGUUUCAUGGGUAACUGAGGAGAAUGAGCCAGAUGCAGAUGUAAUCCUAAAAUCAGAGAAGUUUCAGCAAGAUUUGUUCUUCAUGGAGAGAGUGGUGGUAGAGAACGUAUGCCAGCCAAAGCUUGCAGCUUACCGGCAGUUACCGGUGAUCAUAGAUCCGGACUCUACCAGUGACACAGAAGUCAUAACGAAUGUGACAUCUCCCAGUUUAGAUCGACUGUGGUCUUUUGUGUGUGACAUAACGAAGGGACACAACGUCAGCAGCACAUCAUGGAAUAAGAAAAACCUGGAUCUCCUGGCUGUUGGCUAUGGGCAGUUUGGCUUCAAAGAACAAAAAGGAGGAUUGGCUUGUUGCUGGUCACUGAAGAACACAACAUGGCCAGAGAGGAUAUUCCAUUGUGAAAGUGGGGUCACAGCCGUGGACUUUUCAGCAGCCUCUCCAAAUCUUCUGGCUGUUGGGAUGUAUGAUGGUACAGUGGCAAUUUACAAUGUACAGAACAAAGAUGACGUCCCAGUACUAGACAGCAGUGAUAAUCCCAAUAAACAUACUUGUCCAGUGUGGCAGCUAAAGUGGAUCGAACAGGAUCACAACACCCUGGGGGAGGAUAAUGGAGAGAUCCUUGUGUCUAUAUGUGCAGAUGGCAGGAUUACAAGAUGGCAUAUGCGGAAGGGGCUGGACUGUAGCGAUCUGAUGAGAUUAAAGCGCACAGGAAGCGACCGAUCAAAAAAAUCGGCUGGAGGGAAUGAGAUAAAAGGGGAAGCAUUCAUCUCCCGACAGGCUCCCGGGAUGUGUUUUGACUUCCUUCCUGUGGACUGUAAUAUUUACCUUGCUGGUACUGAAGAGGGUCACAUACACAAGUGUUCCUGCUCGUACAAUGAACAGUUUUUGGAUACCUACAAGGCACACAAGGGUCCAGUCUAUAAGCUGGCGUGGUCUCCCUUCUGCCCCGACGUGUUCCUCAGUUGCUCAGCAGAUUGGUGUAUUCACUUGUGGCGACAGGACAUCCUGAAACCCAUCUUAACAUUCUCGGCUACGAAAAACGCCGUCCAUGACAUCAUGUGGUCUCCGAAAUCACCGCUAGUGUUUGGAGCGGUGAAUGAGAACAGGGUGGAGAUCUGGAAUUUGGGUGUCAGCACAUUGGACCCGAUCAUUGUGAGUCCUGCCAAACCUGGAAUGAGACUCACGACACUUCUCUUCGCUAAGAACACAAACUGCGUCCUGAUAGGAGACAGCGACGGACAAGUCAGUGUGUACACGCUGAGAAACGUCUCACAUUCGCGUGCAUCAAAGGUGAAAGCGUUAUACGAUCUCAUCGGAGCAACUCUGACCAGUCAGCUGUAAUUUAUUGGGAAGAAUUAGUCCUGACAAGCAGAUUUGGUGACGUUAUGGAACAAGUGCAAAAAAAUGUAAAAUUAAAUAAACUUGUAUAUAAAACA